AUGCUCGAAUCCAAAGUCGCCGUCUUCACCUCCCCCAACACCCCCAUAACCCUCAUCACCGAGCGCACACCUCCCCCCUCUCCAACCUCCCUCCUCAUCCGCGUCUCCCACGCCGGCGUCUGCGGCAGCGACCUGCACCGCCUCACGGGUGACUACCCCCCGCCCCCAGCCCCCAUCUCCUUCGGCCACGAAGGCGUCGGCACCAUCGCCGCCCUCGGCGCCCUCAUCACCCACGACCGCGCCGGCGCGCCCCUCUCUCCCGGCGACCGCAUCUACUGGGGCCCGUCCACCCCGUGCGGCGCGGCCACCUGCGCCGCCUGCGCCGCCAGCACGCCCAUGAAGUGCCCACAGCUCAACUGGCCGGUGCUCGCGGGACGCCCGAACGCCGCGGCGUACCGCACGUUCGCGACGCUCAGUGAGAAGCAUUUCUACUACAAGAUCCCCGAGGGCACGAGUGCGGAGAGCGUGAUCGCGUUCGGGUGCGCGAUGCCGACGGCGUUGCGGGCGUUUGCGCGGCUGGGGACGCUGGAGCGGGGCGCGAAUGUGGUGGUGCAGGGGUCUGGGCCGGUGGGGUUGGCGAUGACGGUGCUGGCGGGCUUAGCGGGGGCGCGGGCGGUGGUUGUGAUUGGGGAUCCGGAGGUGAGGUUGCAGGCCGCGGGGAGGUUGGGGGCGACGCAUGUGUUGUCGGUUAGCGGGUCGACGGUGGAGGAGAGGAGGAGGAGGGUUAUGGAGAUUACGGGGGGCAGAGGGGCGAGUGUGGUGGUUGAGGCGGCGGGGGUGCCGGCGGCGUUUCCCGAGGGGUUUGAGCUGCUGGGGAUGAAUGGGCGGUUUUUGAUUGUGGGGUUGUAUUCGGGGAAGGCGGUGUAUCCAGUUGAUGCGGUGAGGAUUAAUAAUUUUAAUCUGAGUAUCAUUGGGAGUGUGGGGAUUGAGCCGGAGAACUACAAGAGGACAGUGGAGAUUGCGGAGGAGCAUGGAAAGAGGUUGGGGUUUGAAGAGUUGAUUACGCAUCGCUUCAAGCUGGAGAAUGUGGAGGAGGCAAUUCGGGCGGUGGUCAGACCGGAUGCGGUCAAGAUUGUCGUGAUGCCGUGAGAGUUCAGGGGCAGAGUGCUCCAGCCUGGAGUCUUGAGAAUCUAGAAAUGGAAUCCACAAUCAAGCGUCUUGAAGAGUUCUGUCGGGGGCUUACUUGUGGCCAAAUAAUCCG